AUGCAGCUUUGGGAUCUGGAAAAAAGAGUUUGCACUAAAACAUUAUUAACUACCUCGGCCUGUCAAGACGUAGUAGCUUGUCCUCUCCUUGGACUUGUAAUCAGUGGUCACUACGAUAGGCGCUUACGCAUAUGGCACCACAAGGAGGAUCUUAAUCAUGAUGAAAUCUGCUUCCCGGGCCGUGUGACUGGCCUCGAUAUCUCUGUAGGUAAGCCUUUGUUUUCGUCUUUUUUACUUCUUCUGUUCACCGCAUGA